CCGCCCAGCUCCCCUGGAGUUUCCUUCUCCAACAGCAACUCUGGUAUUGUGAUGCUGUAUGUAUUCUUGAGCCAGUACUAACUGGUGCUGACUUCAGUUUAACACACCCCAGACUAGGGUGUCUGUGAUAGCUUGGAAGCAGACAUGCAUCCCAGUCACUCAUCCUUGGAUAGGGGAGAUGUAACCUUGGCUGAGAUCAACUAGGUGGGUUACCCUGGAGUAGAAGGAAAUCAGUCCACCAAGGUUGGAAGAUUUCUUGAAAGAUUGAGUUUGCCAUGCUUAGAUUGGAGCCAGGCUUGCUGCUGCAGUUUGUCCUGCUAACAUCACACGUAUUUGGAGGAAAUGGCUCUUGAAGUUAAAUGAGGCUGGAUAAGACACAUAAAUGAAGCAGAAGCUGCUCUGCAUGUGUUAGGGCUAUAUCACCGCAAGCACUGCUGAUCAGCCAGAUUUGUUAGCUUGUCAUAAUGAAGAAAAUUAGUCUGAAAACAAUUCGCAAGUCCUUUAACUUAAAUAAAAGUAAAGACGAAAGUGACUUUGUAGUGGUUCAGCAGCCAUCCUUAAGUGAAUUUGGAAAAGAUGACUCCUUGUUUGGCAGCUGCUAUGGUAAAGAUUUGGCUAGCUGUGAAGUCAACAGUGAAGAUGAAAAAGGAAGCAAAAAUAGAUCAAAAAGUGAAAGUUUAAUGGGUACAUUAAAAAGGAGGCUUUCAGCAAAACAAAAACAGAAAGGCAAAGGCAGCACACCAUCUGUAAACUCUGCAGAUGAUGACACCUUUUCUUCCUCAUCUGCUCCAAUAACCUUCAAAGAUGUGCGAGCUCAAAGACCUCUGAGAUCUACUUCCCUCCGUAAUCACCAUUACAGUCCAACUCCGUGGCCCCUUCGACCUACAAAUUCGGAAGAGACUUGCAUCAAAAUGGAAGUGAAAGUCAAGGCCAUGGUCCAUUCCUCUAAUCCAAGCCCUGCACUGAAUGGUGUUAGAAAGGACUUCCACGAGUUGCAGUCAGAAAACGUGUUCCAGGAACAAAACAAUGCAUUAAAAAAUACAGAAUCUCAGAACGGAGACUUGCAUCUUCAUAUUGAUGAACAUGUGCCUGUAGUUAUUGGAUUAAUGCCUCAGGACUACAUUCAGUAUACUGUGCCUUUAGAUGAGGGAAUGUAUCCUUUGGAAGGAUCACGUAGUUACUGUCUGGAUAGUUCCUCACCCAUGGAAGUUUCAACUGUUUCUUCUCAAGUGGGGGGAAAUGCUUUCCAUGAAGACGAGAGCCAAGUGGAUCAGGAUGUAGUCGUUGCACCGGAUAUCUUUGUGGACCAGACAGUGAAUGGUUUGUUGAUUGGUACCACAGGAGUCAUGUUGCAAAGCCCAAGGCUUAAUCACAGCGAUGUCCCUCCACUCUCACCUUUGCUACCUCCAAUGCAGAAUAAUCAAAUCCAAAGGAACUUCAAUGGAUUAAAUGGCACAGAUGCCCAUGUGGCUGAAAGUAUGCGCUGCCAUUUGAAUUUUGAUCCUAACACUGCCCCAGGAGUUGGAAGAGUCUAUGAUUCUGUACAGAACAGUGGUCCUAUGGUUGUGACAAGUCUGACAGAAGAACUGAAAAAACUUGCAAAACAAGGAUGGUACUGGGGCCCCAUUACACGUUGGGAGGCAGAGGGAAAAUUAGCUAAUGUGCCUGAUGGCUCGUUUCUCGUUCGAGAUAGUUCUGAUGAUCGUUAUCUUUUAAGUUUGAGUUUUCGUUCCCAUGGAAAAACUCUUCACACUAGAAUUGAACACUCAAAUGGUAGGUUUAGUUUUUAUGAACAGCCAGAUGUGGAGGGACAUACAUCUAUAGUUGACUUAAUUGAACAUUCAAUCAGGGACUCUGAAAAUGGAGCUUUCUGCUAUUCGAGAUCCCGGCUGCCUGGAUCUGCCACUUACCCAGUGAGACUGACAAAUCCAGUGUCUCGGUUUAUGCAGGUGCGCUCUUUGCAGUACCUGUGUCGUUUUGUAAUACGUCAGUACACCAGAAUAGACCUGAUUCAAAAACUGCCUUUGCCAAACAAAAUGAAGGAUUAUUUACAGGAAAAGCACUACUGAAAGCUUACGGGAACCUUGCAUCUUGCACUUUGGGAACGACAACAACAAAAAGAGAUUGAAUUACAGUUUACAGACUUUCAUUAUUAUCAAAAUCUUUUGCUGCCAUAAAAAUAUUUCAUUUUUGUGUGUAAAAGAAAAGUAAUGCAUUUGGAUUUAUGUUUGUUUUGGGGGGUUUUGUGUAUUUUGGGAGGCUUUCUUUUUUGUUUUGUUGGAAAGAAUGAUCUCAAUUUAUUUUUAGAAGUGUGAAAUAGCUAUCUUUCAUCAAUGUGCAGAUUAAUCACAAUGUGAAUGAUCAAAUUCUCCUUAAUUUCCCCCAAGUCCUUUGCUGCUAUCCACUGUGAUUUUUAUGCAUUGAAAGCACAUUUCAUGUGUAUUCAACGAUAAGUAAAAGUCAGAUGAAACUUGUUGAAUGGAAUUUUUUUUCCUUUAAAACAACCUCUUGAAAAAAAAUGAUCAUGGAUAAGGAACAUAUUGGUAUUCUAAAUUACUGAAUUUACACCUAUAGUAAUAACUAUUUCCUAGUGUCCUAAUUAGAAAAUUCCUAUAGAGAUAUGCCCUAAUGUAUAGACAGAGCUGUGUGAUAAGAACAUGGUUAUGCAGCAUAUCUUUAAGAAAAAAAAAAACAAAUGCCUUCCUCCUAAGCCUUGUAUUGUCUGUACACUCUUGUGUUCAAGAAGGUUGAUUCAGCCUUCUUCUUGUCUCAGUGUUUUCUCCUCUAAAAAUGGCCUUUAAAAAAAAAGUCAAUAAAAGUCAAUAUAUAAUACCUAUAAGGAAAUUGUGAUAUUGGAAUCUUGUCAAAUAUUACCUUUUCUAAUCAUGCCAUCAGUUACAUAAAUGAACACCUACCAGGUCUCCUCUUUUUGUCCUUUUCCUUCCUGCCUCAUCUUGGGGAGCAGGGGAGUGGAAUUUCCUGGAUUUGUAGGAAGACUCUAGGAAUUGUUAUUGUGGGAAUAUAAAUUAUAAGCCAUUUUGGGGAUGGGAUAAAACUUUUAAUAGGAUGAUUUCUACCUUAUUUAUAUUCAAGCUACUUGAAAUUUUAUCCUUUUUCAUUUUUCUGCAUUUUUUUUCACUUCAGAAAUUACAGUAAUACACUAAUAUCCUUUGGAUCAUUUUCCCCUUUUUUGUAUAUCCUUUGGGGAGGAAGGAAUGGACUGAUAAUAUUUUGUAUGGAAGAUGCUUAAAAUGCAUCUCUAAAGCUCUAUUCUCGUAGUCUUUCAAAUCUUAGAGAAAAGAUGUUUGGAUAUACAGUGACCACAGAAAAUGUUCAGUUUAUUGUCAUGAAAUAUGUUUUGACAUAUGAAAUAUUGAAUUAAUUAAGUAAAUGUUUGUGACAUCUGUCAAAAAUUCUGGCAUUUGAAAAGCUUACAGUUAUUCUAACCUUCUGUAGGGAAAAAAAGACUUUCAAUGGGGAGUGCAGGUUCUACACUGUAGUGUUUUCAUCAUGCAAGGUUAACCCAUGGCAUUUCCCUGUUUUGUUUUAGUUGUUGUUUUUUUUCUUUUUCUCCCAUGUUUCAAUCAGUUUUAUGAGUUAUUUGUUAAAGGGGUCAUAGCUAAUUUGGGAGGAAGGCUUGCUUUGUCUGCCUCUGCCCCCCUGUUUUGUACUUUAGAAUGUCAUAUUCCCUGUCUCUGAUAGGAGUGGCUAAUCAGUAAAAAUCACCGUAGAAAAAAAGGCUGUUCAUCUUUGAUACAGCUUUCUUGUUUAGGUCAUUUUCUUCUCCUUAUUUAGUCUAGCCUUUUGGUCCCCUCAAAUGAGUCUUUAGGAAUGAAUACAGUAUUGCUGCAAGGUGGUGCAGUAGCACUACAUCUUGGGUUGCCUGAAUUGAUAGACGAAAUUUAUAUUUUUUUAAUUUAUUUUUUUGACCAUAAUGUUUAACUAAAAAAUUAAAAAAAGAAAAUCAAAGGUAGAUAAAGACUGCCUUUGCUUUUAAGGGAGGGAGAAUAAGGAUUUCCUCUUUAGUCUGAUAAAGUUUUAAACUUAAAAAGUGAAAUAAUCUAGAGCAGUCUAUACAUGUAAUUUGUUGGCUCUGCCAUGGAGAUAUAUCUAUGAAAGUGUGAAUUCUGUUUUCUUUUUUUAUUUCUACUGACUUCUCCCCCUAUCCAGUCAUGCCCCGUCCCCCCCUCCUCUGAAUCAGGAUCACUAAAUUUAUUCAAAAAGGCACAAUAACCUAUUGUAUGGUACAGUGUUCUGAUUCUGUCUGUGAGGAGGAAAAAGAAAAUAAUUUUUGUGGAUUUCAGAUGCAUACUUUUGGAAGAAAGCCUCUGGCAUUUUCUUCACUUUAAAAAUUCUUUCCCCAUACUAGAAGACCUAUGCAUUCUACGGAAUCUUUGGAAGAUUAUAGUAUAUUAAAUAUUUUCUUUGCCAUUUAAUACCACUAUUGAAUGCAUUAAACAUAUGUUUAUACUAUGCCACAUGCGUUAAUUUAGCAGUCAUUGCAUUGAAACUUAAAUAUAUGAAGCUAUAAUAUCCUGGUCUUAUUGCUGAAUUGAAAAAUGUGCAAGAACACACAUGUUAAAAUUCUUGCUCAUGCCUUUAUAAGUUUCAGUUUGCUCACUCAUAAAUGUUGAUGCUUUUUUAUUUCUUUAAACUCUGUUUCAAUUAUCCAGUUUCUGAGUUGCCUUCCUUGCUUGUUCUUCAUCUGUGAACUUAAUCAGGUCAAGUUAACUUUGUCAUUUCCCCACCCCCCUAUAAAGCUACCACAAAAGGAACACUUUAAAGUGGCUGAGGUAUAGGAUGUGAGAACCACAUAGCACUUUGCUUCUGAAUAAAAAAAUGGUGGUGAUAUUUCUACUAAGCUCAAAAUACUUUCAAUCAGUAGUAAGUAGACACAAAUACUUAUUUUUCAGGUUUCUUUAAUCAGAACCUCACAGUAUUUUUUCAUGCUGAGGUAACUGGCCAGCCAGGAGAAGGAACCCAGAAAAAAUACUUCGAAAACAUUAAAGAUACUUACAAUUUCUUAUAAUAAAGAUUAAUAUAAAAGAAACACAGUAACAUUUAGUUAUAAGUCCAUUUAGAAGUAGUCAGAAUAACCACAAAAAUUGUGUUGACUUCUGCUUCAUGAAAAUUAGAGGAACAAAGUGUCCUUGACAAAUAAAAGGAAAAUGAUUGAGAAUAUUUUGGGGAACUUUGGAAGUAGAUACACUAGGAAUAAAAGCUAACUGUGAUCCUUAUAGAGUAGAAAUAUGCCUAUUUAUUCAGCACAACAGUUUAAGGGUUCAAAAAGUAUGCUUUUUAUGAUUGAAUUGUGGAAAAAUAUUUUUAAAAAUGAAACCUUGAAGUAAAACUUUUUGAGCAUCUGAAACGAUUGACAUUAUUGAUAAUAUUGUCUGGUUUACCAAUUAGAAGAGUUAAACCACAUGUAUUUGGAAAUAAUAAAUUUGCACAACUUCCUCUGUGUUUUUGUUUGUUUGUUUGUUUGUUUUGUAAACCAGUGUUAUAAACAACUGAAAGUGAUGUGUAUUCUUUGAUCUGUUUGAAGGAUAUAGCACUUAUCCUGCUGUUGACAUAGUGAAUGCCAUCUUUUUAUCAAAAUGUAAUUCUGUCAGAAGGAUCAGAAAUGCAAUUAUUAAUUAAACUCAUUGUUCUCAGAUGAGCUGACUUUGCAUUUUGUUAAAGCCAAUUUCUUUCUGUGAAUAUUGACUGCUGGGCUAAGGAAAAUCUGUGCGGUUUUUGUUUUGAUGCAUUUCAUCUAUGUGAAUACUGAAAUUCAAAAUUUAAAACAGCAUACCAGCAAUAUAUGGGCUAUGAUUCUGAUGAGAAGUAUUUCUUUGUUACUGAACUUUCAAAUUCUGAGCUAAGCUAUGGAUGCAUUAAUGAUUGCCAAUUUAAUUUCAUAAAAUCUUUCUAUGACUGCAAAGAAUAAAAAUUACAGGCAUUCUUUAUAAAUAAAAAAUGGGCUAGAUAGGUCAUAAUAUGAAAAGUAUGGCAUUAUUGUAUCUGGAAAGUGUUCUAAAUUCUACACAGAUAAUGAAAAAAUCUAAAAGAACUUUUUAUGAAUACCUGUUGGGUUAAAGAAUUUUUAUAGUGAUGAUGGAGUGCCAUGAAGUUAAUACUUGCAAUCCAGAUUGCUGUAGUUUACACUUUUCUCUGUUUCAGACCUGGUGUGCACUGUUUGUACUAAGCACGCCACAGAGUGAAUUAUCCAAAGUCCAUUGAUUUUAAUGUGUUUUGGUUUGUAAACAAAAUUAUAGUAAUUUCUUGCACAUUUUUGAAAAAUAAUUGUAUAAGGAUUUAUGUAUCUGCUUCUGGAUACAGUGUGUAAAUAAAAAUUUCAUUCACAAAAUGA